CCCUCUACCUCCAUUGAAUCCUUCCAUUCCUUUCUUGCCAUCUCCGGCCGCACCACAAUGGCCACCAUAACCACCACAACUGUCACCGAACCUGACAAUGCCGACGAGACUUCACCACCACUCAAGAAUGUCAUGUACGAGCUAGCCGCCCGGAAUAUCUACUACGCGAAGCCGGCCGCGGCGCCGACGUUGUCCUUCGGGCGGCUCUUAAGGCCUUGCGGCGCGGCCCUUGCGACGCCCGACUACAUCCUCCGCGACGUGUCGCUCACGGCGCGGGCGGGGGAGAUCCUGGCCGUCGUCGGCCCGAGCGGCGCCGGCAAGUCCACGCUGCUCGACAUCCUAGCGGUGCGGACCGCGCCCACCCACGGGCGCCUCCUGCUCAACUCGGCGCCUCUCCGGUCCUCCUCCUUCCGCCGCCUCUCCGCCCACGUUCCCCAGGCGGACGUCGCGCUGUCGCUGCUCACCGUAGCCGAGACGUUCACCUUCGCCGCGUCGCUGCUUUACCAUACGUCGGCGUCCGCGGCCUCGACCGCGGUCACGGCGCUCCUCGCCGACCUCCGUCUGGCGCACGCGGCUCACACGCGGGUCUCCGCGUCCCGGCUAUCGGGAGGCGAGCGCCGGCGGGUGUCCAUUGGCCUCGCCCUGCUCUGCAACCCCGGGGUGCUCCUCCUCGACGAGCCGACCUCCGGCCUCGACUCCUCCUCGGCGUUCGUGGUCGUCGGCUGCCUCCGCGCCGUGGCGGCCGCCAGAGGCACGACAGUGGUGCUGUCCAUCCACCAGCCCAGCGCGCGCCUCCUCUCCGCCGUGGAUUCGCUCCUCCUCCUGUCCCGCGGCACCGUCCUCCACCACGGCUCCCUCGCCUCCCUCGACGCCGCCCUCCUCUCACACGGCUUCGCCGUCCCCGCGCAGCUCAACCCGCUAGAGUACGCCCUCGAGGUCAUCGACCAGAUACCCCAUCCCUCGCCCUCCUCCCCUGAACCAAAGUCAUCGCAAGAUCUCACAACCAAGGCAUCGUAUUCGGACCGCCACAGGCCGGCCAUGGCGACACCGCCGUCGCUGUUGUGUACUUCGCCCUGCUCGCGGAUACAUGAGUUCGUGGUUCUGUACAAAAGGGCGUGGAAGGUGGUGUAUCGGAGCAAGCAGCUGCUAUUGACCAACUUCCUCGAGGCUGUGAUCGUCGGGACACUGCUGGGCACCAUCUACAUCAACGCCGGCUAUGGUGAGGCCGGCGCGCACAAGCGACUGGGGCUCUUCGCCUUCACGCUGACGUUCCUGCUCACCUCCACCACGGAGACGCUGCCGACGUUCGUCACUGAGCGGCCGAUCGUGCUCGCUGAGACGGCGGCGGGUCUGUACCGGCUGUCCUCCCACGCCACCGCGGCCACGAUGGUGUUCCUCCCGUACCUCCUGGCGGUGGCGCUGCUCUACUCCUCGUGCGUCUACUUCCUCGUCGGCCUCUGCGCGUCGCCGGCGGCAUUCGCAGUGUUUGUGCUGGUGGUGUGGGCGGUGGUGCUCACGGCCAACUCCUUCGUGCUGUUCAUAAGCUCGUUCGCGCCGGACUACAUCGCGGGGAUGUCGCUGGUGUCGGUAUCGCUGGCCGGGUUCUUCCUCUUCUCGGGCUACUUUCUGUCGCGGGAGAGCACGCCGGUGUACUGGGUGUUCAUGCACUACGCCUCUCCCUACAAGUACGCGCUGGACGCCAUGCUCGCCAACGAGUACUCGUGCGCGGCCAACCGGUGCUUCGGGGUGGCCGGCGCCGGAGAUGAGUGCUCUGAGACGGGGCGCGACGUGCUGGCGGCGAGGGGGCUCACGGCGGAGGAGCGGUGGACGGAAGUGCAGGUGCUGUUUGGAUUCUUCCUCCUCUACCGGGUGCUCUACUGGGUCGUGCUCAGCCGGAGAGCAUCCAGAGCCAAGAGGUGACCGUUGAUCGAUCCAUGAAUUUCGACUUCUCCCUUACUACACUACACUAGCUACGUAGUGCGUAUACGAGUGUGUGUGAACGCAUGCAUGGAGAAGAAGGAGCUUCGUGCAUGCGACAGUUAAGGUAUGCCAAUGUCAAAGUUCAUCGACAGAGUGGUUAACCGGUAAUUAAGUUGCUAUACUGAUGUAUAUUGUGAACAUAAAAUGACCUCUACAUAAAUGUAUGCAUGGAUAUGGAUAAUAAACAGUGAGAAUUCUCCACAUGCCAUUGGUUAUGAACUCAAUUCUGUCUGUAGCACCGACGGUUGGUCGAUAGUAUAGAGGGAAUUGAGCCCCUCUUCAGUGGCAUGUGAGGAAUUCUCUAAUGAUAGUUUGUGGGUACUGGCUUGAUUUUUGUAAUAACUUUGGCUUUCUUUUCAAA